AUGUCAUCGUCAAUUACUUCUUCUUCUGAUCCAAAACGUCCCAACGCAGCUGUUCCAUAUCAUUCACCAAUAAAAGAUAUUGAUGAAAUUGAUCGUGAUAUCUAUGGAAUUACAUCACUUUUAUUAAGUACAAUUGGACUUGUAUUAAAAAUAAAAUUUGCAUCUUGGACAGCAUUGAUGUUUGCUGUAGUUUCAGUGACCAAUGAGAAAAUAUCAGAUCAAGAUCCAAAUAGUGGAAGGACAUCCGGAUUCACUGCUUUGAGUAACAUUAAACACAUGUCUUCUGAUAAAGCAGCCAGCUUAUUAACACGUACAGAACAAAGACAUUAUAGAAAAAAAGAAGCAAAAAGAAUUCAAGCUUAUGAGAUUAUAGAAAAGUUUGAGAAAUCUUCUUGUAUUAAUUUGUUUUCAAGCGAGGCUACAAAAUAUUUAUGUUUGGUGAAUGUUUGUUAUGGUGGAGUUGGUGGAGUUACUUCUGAACAGUUGACAAAACUUUUUGAAAAAUAUGAAGGUUGGGUUGGAGUAAACUUAACUCAUGGAAAGCCAUAUUCUUUUGUUAUUUUUCAAACAGCUUUAGAUGCAUUUCAUGCACGAGAAUCACUUCAUGAUAAACAAUGUGAAAUUUUAAAAGGGAAAAUAAUAUUUAUUGAAUUCGUUAAUUUAUCAUAUCAAAAUUUCAUUAAUCAAAUUAAUCACAAUAAAAAUAAGAAUCAUGAGAAAAUACCGGGAUUAAUAUUGUUAGAGGAAUUUAUCUCGUUUGAUUUAGAAAAAAUUAUAAUAAAUCACGUAAAUUCAAUUGACACUUGGAUUCAAAUUCAAAAUCGUUUUGUGUCACACUAUGGUUAUAAAUUUAAUUAUGACACAAACAAAGUUGAUGAAUUAAAUUUAAAGUUUCCAUAUUACAUUAAAUCACUACUGGAGAAAUUAAAAAAUUUGUAUCCUUCAUUAACAAUACCAGAUAUGCAACAAUUAACAAUUCAAAUUUAUCCUGUUGGCACAGGAAUCCCACCUCAUGUUGAUAGUCACUCAUCAUUUGGUGAUACAAUUUUGUCAUUUAGUUUGGGAAGUUCUAUUAUCAUGGAAUUUAAAAAUUUUAAAACUGGUGAAGUUGUUAACGUUGAUUUACCAAAAAGAUCGUUAGCUAUACUUCAAGAUGAUGCAAGAUAUUUGUGGAGUCAUACUAUAAGAGCAAGAAAAAGUGAUUUACUGGAUAAUGGAUUAAUUAGAGAAAGGGAUGAAAGAAUAUCGUUAACAUUGAGAGCAAUUAACACAACAUCAAGUUGUAAUUGCUCAUUCCCUGAAAUUUGUGACAAUGAUAAAUUAAUUUGA